CGGUGAAACUGUUCUGUAGUUUCGUGUUUCGCCGCGCUGAAAGUGUUUUAGCGUUCGCCAACCAGGGAAAAAGUGAAAUAACCCCGAAAGAGCAGCGAGAAGCACAACUAAAACGGAACCCAACAUACCUCCGCUUUAAAGACUGUUAAUAUUCAAGUUCGAUCUGUACCUUUGAUUCGGUUUGAUUCAAGAAAUAAGCACUAGACGAUGUCCGGAAUUGCGAUCGCGCGUCUCGGCGAGGAAAGGAAAGCAUGGCGUAAGGAUCACCCCUUUGGAUUUGUUGCACGUCCGGUAAAAAAUGCUGACGGUACGCUGAACCUUAUGACGUGGGAAUGUGCGAUUCCUGGAAAGAAAGGUACUCCAUGGGAGGGCGGUCUGUACAAAUUGCGUAUGAUCUUCAAGGAUGACUACCCGACCAGUCCGCCAAAGUGCAAGUUCGAACCGCCACUCUUCCAUCCGAACGUGUACCCAUCGGGCACCGUUUGCCUCUCUCUGCUGGACGAAGAGAAGGAUUGGCGUCCGGCUAUUACCAUCAAGCAGAUCCUGCUCGGUAUUCAGGAUUUGCUCAACGAACCUAACAUCAAGGAUCCGGCGCAGGCGGAAGCGUAUACUAUCUACUGUCAAAAUCGUCUCGAGUAUGAGAAACGUGUUCGAGCUCAAGCCAGAGCCAUGGCAGCCACUGAGUAAGCAGCGUAAUCAAAGGAAGAUCAUUUCAAGAACAACCGACAGUAAUAUACUUAAGCAAAUCGAAACAAAACACGGAUAGAAAAAAUAAAACUGAUUGGGUAAUAGUGAGAGGGGGAAGAGUUACAGGAAAAUAAACGGAAGCAGAACAUUGGAUGAAAUUGGAACGACGAACCGAUGUGUCCUAAUUCUACUAGAGUAUCAUAAAACCAUUACAAAACCACAUAAUGCUACUAAUCUUUCCACUUUUCAAAGCAAAGCAAAAAGAAAUCGCGAGCAGAUAAAUUUAACGCAAGCCUAGUUCUAAGCCAUUUUUAAACUGAUAUAAUUUAACGGGGAAUACCGACAAAUAAAGCUAGAACCGUGAGA